AUGUCUGUUCUCGGGAAGCGCAGCGCCGCACUCAGCGCUCGAGAGCUGAACUUCCUUGCCACAGCAACAAUCGCAGCUCCUGUUCCCCUCCAGUCUCGAUCCGCGCGGUCCUUCUCCGCCUGGAACCGUCCUCCGCCAAACUAUCCCGGCCAUGUGCCAUUGACCUUUUUCGAGCGCGGAGCCUUGGCCGUGGGCUCUGCUUUUGGAGCUCUCAUUAACCCGCGAAGAGCUGAUCUCAUCGCAACCUGCGGCGAAGCCACAGCAACCCCCUACUUCAUCUACCGCCUGCGCGACGCGAUGCUUUCCGACCUGACGGGGCGGCAGAUCCUCCGCGACCGACCGCGCAUCACCUCCCAGACGCUCCAGAUGUCCUACCUGCGCACGCUGCCGGAGAACACGGUGGGGCGGACGUACGCGACCUGGCUGGACCGCGAGGGCGUGUCGCCAGACACGCGGGACAACGUGCAGUACAUCGACGACCCGGAGUGCGCCUACGUCAUGCAGCGGUACCGCGAGUGCCACGACUUCUACCACGCCGUGACGGGCCUGCCCAUCUUCGUGGAGGGGGAGCUGGCGCUCAAGGCGUUCGAGUUUCUGAACACGUUGAUCCCGAUGACGGGGCUGAGUCUGUUCGCCUCGGUGCGGCUGAAGCCCGCCGAGCGCGAGCGGCUGUUCAAGAUCUAUCUGCCGUGGGCGGUGAAGAGUGGCCUGAAGAGCAAGGAGCUCAUCAAUGUCUACUGGGAGAAGAUUCUGGAGAAGGAUGUCGGCGAGCUGCGCGAGGAGUUGGGCAUCGAGAGGCCGCCGGAUAUGCGCGAGAUCCGGAGGAUGAUCCGCAUGCAGAAGAAGAGGGAGAAGGAGGCGACUGCGGCGAAGGCCGGGUUGUAG